UAGCCUCUCCUAGCUAGCACAGUUCUGCUGUCUGUGUGUGUGUGUUUGUGUUUGAUGAGGUGUGGAGGACAGAGGAGAUGUGGUCCUUUUUUGCCAGGGAUCCUGUCAAAGACUUUGCCUAUGAAAUCCUGCCAGACACCCAGGAGAAGUCUGGGAUAUGGACUCUCCACCGAGGGAAGAGAAAGACCAAUGGAGAGCCGGUGUCGGUGUUCCUGUACGAGGUAGCACAGGGGACAGAGCAGCAAACCCAGCUGGCCAAGGCUGCCUUCAAGCGUAUGAAGACCCUGCGUCACCCAAACAUCCUCGCCUAUGUGGAUGGAUUGGAGACCGAGAAGAGCCUGUACCUGGUCACUGAGCAGGUGACACCCUUGGCAGUCCACCUGAAGGCCCAGGCAGAGAAGGGGGGAUCUGGGGAACUGGAGGUCUCCUGGGGGCUGCACCAGAUAGUGAAAGCUCUCAGUUUCCUGGUCAACGACUGCCACCUGCUUCAUAACAACGUGGGUGUGUCGGCUGUUUUUGUGGAUCGAGCCGGGGAGUGGAAGCUCGGGGCCCUCGACCAUGUGGCCCCUGAGCAGGGUGACCCGAGUGGGGUCUCACUCCCUACCCCCAAGGCUGUUUACCCAGAUAUGGAGAGAUAUGACCCGCCAGAGAUGUCCAACAGCAGCGGAGAGAAAUGGGCCGGGGAGGUGUGGCGGCUGGGCUGCCUGAUCUGGGAGGUGUUCAACGGGCCGCUACCUCGCACGUCCUCCCUUCGUUCACUGGGAAAGAUCCCCAAGGCCCUGGUCCCUCAUUAUUGUGAGCUGGUGGGAGCCAACCCCCGAGCUCGGCCCAACCCGGCCCGUUUUCUCCAGAACUGUCGAGCCUCCGGGGGAUUUCUCAGCAACAGCUUUGUGGAGAGCAACCUUUUCCUGGAGGAGAUACAGAUCAAGGAGCCGGCUGAGAAGCAGCAGUUCUUCCAGGAUCUGAGUGAGAAUCUGGACUCCUUCCCUGAAGACUUCUGUAAACACAAGGUCCUGCCUCAGCUGCUCACCGCCUUCGAGUUCGGCAAUGCAGGCGCCGUAGUCCUCACGCCGCUCUUCAAGGUGGGGAAGUUCCUGUCAGCGGAAGAGUACCAACAGAAGAUCAUCCCUGUUAUCGUGAAGAUGUUCUCCUCCACAGACAGAGCCAUGAGGAUACGACUGCUGCAACAGAUGGAGCAGUUCAUUCAGUAUCUGAAUGAUGCAGCAGUCAAUUCCCAGAUUUUCCCUCACGUUGUUCACGGCUUCACGGACACCAACCCUGCCAUCAGAGAGCAGACUGUUAAGUCCAUGUUGCUGUUGGCUCCUAAGCUGAAUGAGGCCAACCUGAACCAGGAACUGAUGCGUCACUUUGCCCGGCUGCAGGCCAGAGACGAACAAGGCCCAAUCCGGUGCAACACCACCGUCUGCCUGGGCAAGAUCGCCUCCUACCUCAACGCAGGGACUCGACAACGUGUUCUGAUUUCUGCCUUCUCACGAGCCACUAAAGACCCCUUCCCAGCUUCACGCUCCGCCGGCGUACUGGGCUUCGCCGCCACACACAACUACUACAGCGUAACAGAGAUCGCCGCCCGCAUCCUGCCCACCCUCUCUGCCAUUACUGUUGACCCUGAUAAGAGCGUCAGGGACCAGGCGUUCAAAGCCAUCAAGAGUUUCCUUUCCAAGCUGGAAACCGUGUCAGAAGACCCCACCAAGCUGGCUGAUAUAGAAAAGGAUGUAUCGUCGUGUGCUCAGCCUGCAGGUGCGUCUUCCAGCUGGGCCGGCUGGGCCGUGACUGGCAUGUCCUCCAUAACUUCUAAACUGAUCCGCAACGCUCCGGGGACAGAGGGCGGCGCAGCAGCUGAGGGUGGUGCAGCAGUGGAGGGCAGCGCAGCAGUUGAGGGCGGUGCAGCAGCUGAGGGCAGCGAACCCGCCAACGCCACCAGCCCUACCAGUGCCAUUGAUGGAGCACCUGCACCUGGUUCUGAAGAUAAAACUCCACAAGCCCCUGUGACUAACCAUGCUGCCUCUAGUCGUGCCAACCAAUCAAAGACUCAUGAAGUAACGGGAAAAAAUGACGAGCCAAUAGGAGACCGCUGGGAUGACGAGGAGGACUGGGGAAGUUUGGAGGAUCCAGAGAAAGCUCACACUGAGCCAGAUGACUGGAACACUGACUGGGCAGGGAUGGCAUCAUCCAAAAAGAAAGCCAGUGACAAAGGAGUGGCCCGGUCGUCGUCCUCCAUGGCGGUGAAAAAGCAGAGCGCCGACUGGAGCAGCUCAGGCUGGGACGCAGACGACAGCUGGUCCAACGAGAAGGAAGGGCAGGGUCAGAGCUCUGCGGGCGAGGAAGGCUGGGGCAAUGACUGGGCGGAGGAGGACACGGACACAACGCUGGCCAACACGACGACGCUCCCCCUGCCAGAAGGGGUGCGGUUAGCCAGCGAGUACAACUGGGACACCAACAGCUCCGCCUCCAAGGUGGCCGGUCAGAAUGAUCUGUUCGCCAGCGUGUCCCAGAGAAACACAGCCGGCACUGCUGCCACGACUGGAGAUGGCUGGUCUGCAGAGGCAACAGGAGACUGGGGUGCUGAGGAGAGCUGGGAGUCAGUGGAUGGGAACCAGGGUCUCAGCAAGGCCGAGCUGUCCAAGAAGAAACGGGAGGAGAGGAGGAAAGAGCUGGAGGCGAAACGGGCGGAGCGCAAAGCUGCUAAAGGUCCUCUCAAACUGGGCGCACGCAAGCUGGACUGACGGGGAUGCAGAGAAAGAUUUGAGGGUGGGGAUGCAGGAACACGGACCACAGUGACUGGACACAGAUCAGUAGAUGGAGGCCGGACAUUCCACAAACUAAGGACCAAGAAGUGUGAACAGUUACUGUCGGUCAGUAAAUGACUCUCAGCUUUGGGAUUCUCCGUCUUUCUUCAUUCAGGAACUGACAGACGGGUGAAGAAGCAACAACCCAGUGCUUUAUGAAUGCAUUACUGUGGAUGGCAGAGCUGAAACAAACACAAGAGACAGAAAAGCAGCACAGAGUGGAACUCCCUGCAGCUCCAGUUGAUCACACAAAAAUGUCCCCCUCUUUGUUUUUUUAAAGACAUAACUCAUAAAGUUGUAAAGUAAAUGUAUAUAAAUGGUGCAUCUUGUCUUAAAAUGACAUGAAGAAAGGACACUUUUUUUAAAAUCAAGAAAUAUACAGUAUAUAACAAUAUUUCCGAAUCAAACAUGUAUUAUUGUACUGAAUGUUCAGACUUAAAAUCAAUCCAUGCAUGCACUUGUGUAUUUGUGUGGCUUAACAAAAGGAUUCAUGGCACAGAGUUCACUUUGCACAUUCAACACUGUAUUUUACCGUACUGAACUGGCUGGACGGGUGACGCAUUUGACUGGUUCCAGAUCUGUUAAUGUGUCACAUGCACUGCAGACACACGAUGGAAAUAAGUAGUUAAACUGGUUUCAAAGGAAAAUCAAUUUAUGUGUUUACAAGCCUUUUUCCUAUGUGUCCUAGUAGUGCUGUGGUGGAGGGAAAUCAAAUGAGUUUUAUUUUGAAAUCUUUUAUGCAGAUCUCACUAAAAACCUUUUGGGAUCAUCUGAGGAAGUAAAGAUUUACCCAUCAGUCAUUUUUGACGGUAUUUGGUGCGGUCAGGGUAAAGGAGGUCCCUAAAAGAAAGUUCCUCUUACUCUUUUAUUUGUGCCUUUUAUUUAAUAAAACCGGUCUGCUCUGCAGGAUUACAUCCAACAGAACAUUUCAACCUGAAAUAUCUUCCCACCUGCAAAUUCUGUUUUCAUCCAACCUUUCAGUGUAACCUCUAUGACUCCAGUCUGUGUUGGGUAUGGUAUUGUUAGGUGUCACUUAUAGACACAAUCAGCAGCCGUCACCAUUGGAGCUAAUGUCCUGGUGUGGGGUGUCAAGGAACUAAGCUGUGUUUAGUUCAGGUGGACUGAAGAAGACUGGAUGCAACCGUUUACUGAGAAUCCAAAUCAUGUAGCAUGUGAGCUGUUCUAAAAAUAAAUAUAAGUAAAAUAAAUGUAUGUUUCUUCUUUAAAUGAAAAGGCAGUAGUCAUCGUCCUCCUCAGCAGAUGUAUGAGCCAAGAAUGUAUUGAGUUGUCGUCAGGAGGAUGGGAGGGAUAUCAUCUCUGAGAUUUCUGCCUCCACCACAAUACAACAGAAGUGAAAAUGUCAACAGACCUCAA